AUGCACCCAGCCUUACAAAAUCUCGAAAUAAUAUGCACGAUUAGCUCAUACGUGAAACACAGUUCACUUCCUUCAUUUGCAUCCACAUGCCGCGCGUUUGAGCGCCCAGCACUUAAUGCACUGUGGCGGGAUCUGCAAUCUGUGAAGCCCGUUGUCAAAUGCUUACCGCGUAACCUGUUUGGCUCUGGUCUUGAAGGAGGUGUUGCAUUACGAGAACCUCUUGACGAUAGGAUGUGGCAUACUCUUGUCAAAUACACGUCCCGCGUACACUCAAUUACCGUACUGGAUGACAUGGAAGCCAUCGACCUCCUCUGUGCAAUCAUACUAUCUUGUUCUUCGGCACCUGCAUCGUUGUUUCCGAACCUCCACAAAUUAAAAUGGCAUGCCAGUGGAACCCAUUGUGCUGCACAGGUCUUGCGCAUGGUGUUUGUACCUUCCCUACUAGAGUUGAACAUGGAUAUUCCUUCAGCUUCCUCUGCCUUUCUCUCGGUCCUUUCCACCCUCGGGACAUCGUGUCCUCGCCUCCAGAACAUGUCUUUGAACUAUGGACCCUCGUUCCCCAUCUUAUCGUUUAAAGCUUCACCCUUCAUCACGCGAUCUAUCUCUCAGCUCCACCAUCUCCACACGUUGUCGGUAUGUGACCUAGGAAUCCAAGGCAUCAAGCAUUUGACGGAGCUGCGAGCUCUGGAGUCACUGAGCUUGAAGUUCACAGACCCGUCAGAUUGGGACACAGUGGAUUUAUCAUUCCCCGGCUUUCAUAAUUUGCAAUCGUUGGGCCUUUCCACUGUUACAAUGGAGCAAGCUUCGAGUUUUUUGAGUUCACUUCAGUUCGUCAGAACCAAAGAAAUCAGGGUUGACUUCGUGCAUCAGGAUGAAUCCACAGCGAUACCCCAGUUAUUCGCCAUCAUCCAGGAGAGAUGCGAUAACGACAAGCUUGAAUCUAUCAGCCUCCACGGAGAUGAUCCUGAAGACACACACACAGGACAGAGCAUCUUCGCACCAUUAUACGCAUGCCGCAAUCUAACUCAAUUGCUUAUUGGAAGCGUCUGCUACAUUUCCAUGUCCAACAAGGAGCUGGGCCGGCUGGCGACAGCCUGGCCUAAGCUCCAAGUGCUCCAAAUCAAAUGUUAUCCCUCUGAUGAUUCCAUAAUGCCGACGUUCCAUGGGCUAAUCACUUUACUUGGCCGCUGUCCCGCUUUGACUUCGAUCACUCUUGUCAUCAAUGUCACCAAGUUCAACGGCAUAGAUCUCAAGAGUCCCGGCGGUGGAUGUCGCAAUGAGCGUCUCAAAUUCCUCGCCCUCGGAAAUUCACCCAUUAAGGUCCCCGUGAACGUGGCUCUCAUCAUCAGCGGCCUUUUCCCCAACUUGAAGAAGGUUGAUUUUUGGGAUGCAUACCCGACAGUCCAGAAGAAGUCAGUGAAGCAACAGUGGGAGUUAGUCAACAGCAUCAUCGGUGGCUUUAGCCUCGUAGAAGAACGGAGCUUUGGAAUAUGGUCCGACCUCUAG